UUUGAAGCUUUAGUCCCACCCACUUGAAGCUGGCUCUGACCUCCGUUUAUAACCCUAACCCUUUACACACUCGGAAUUUAUUUAGUUGUCUUCUCGCCUAUGAUAUAUUUAGCUGUGGGAGACGAUAACAUUAUAGUCAGAUCAACUGUCAGGCGUCAUCGCACGCGCGCGCGCACACAGAUCCUGUUGUAGUACUACUAUCUGCGCUGGUGCUGUAGCUGUGCGUGCGCGCGUGUGUGUUUGUGGAGUAGUUAAGUAACUGCGUGGCCUUAACACUGUAUGCACACAUAUAUCAGUCUAUAGCGUAACGAUUCGCAAUUUUAAAGCGUAAAUGGCCUCCGGAGCCGAGAGACCGGAGCUUGGAGACAGCGAACAGGAUGAAGAAGAUGUCUAUGAAGUGGAGAGGAUUAUUGACGUGAGGGUGGUGGAGGGAGAGGUGCUGUACCGGGUGAGAUGGAAGAACUAUUCAUCAGACGAUGACACCUGGGAGCCGGAAGCACACCUGGACGACUGCAGGGAGGUGUUGCUGGCUUAUAAGAAGGCCCUGUCUGAGAACAAGCCAAAAAAAGACCCUGCCAUGAAGCUACCCAUGAAGAGUGAUUUGUUUGAUGCUGACUCAGAGAGUGACAGUGAUAAGGAGAAACCCCUAGAAUCACCUAUUAAGAAGAAGAAGAAGAAAAAGAAGAAAGUGGAGGAAUCAGAAGAUGAGAUGCCCAUGAAGGAAAAGAAGAAAAAGAAAAAGAAGGAUAAAUGGAAGGAGGACAGACCUCUGCCAGCACCUGAAUCAGAUGAAGCGGAGGAGAGCAGGAAUCCUUCCCCUGUACCUCCAAAAAAAGAAACGAAGAAGAGGCUCAUUGAAUCAGAUGAAGAUGAUGAUUCCCCAGUUACUAUUAAGAAACAAAAGAAAAGCGACAAGGCUAAAGAUGGAAUAAAGCAGAAGAAAGAGUUUGCGGAGGACCGAAAGAAAAAGAAAGUCAAGUCCAAAAAAGAGAUUGAAUCCUCAGAUGAAGAGGGUGACAAGAGUGAUGUGCCCUCUGAGUCCCAUACGGAUGAUACGACGAACACGGAAACCCCUAAUGAUUCCUCGAAAAUGACGACGGCAAAAGCCAUGGACAAAUUUGCACGAAGUGAGAGUGGGGUGGAUCCCAAGCAGGUCAAGCACAAGAAGGGGAAGUCUGAUAUAAAGCUGCAAGGUUUCAAAGACCUAGUUCAUGAGAAGAAGCCUAAAAAAGAGGUCUCAACUGGCACACUCAAAGAGAGCGGUUUAAACAAGCUCAAGAGCCCCACUGGUGGCAAGAGCACCAGCAAGUCUUCUCGCAGUGAAGAGGAGCCCGACUCCAGCGACACGGGGGCAGCAACAUCCGCACCCAAGACAAAGGUCAAAAGCAAAGGGCAGGAAACGGCCCCACCUUCUCAGAGGCUGUCAUCUGCAUCUUUUUUCUCUUCCUCUACAGCCUCAGUGGACCCCAGCAAGCCCAAAGAGGAGGAGCCAAAAGAAGAUGGUGGGGAGAAGGGGGGUUCCUCCACUAACCUGUUUGAAAAGUUCCUGCUGAAUUGUGAGGCAAAAGACCGUGUUCCGAGGAGACAAGCGGAACAGAACAAGAAUGCAACUCCAAAGGCUGCAGGGAAAAAUGACAAGAAAUCCAAAUUCUCAAAGCAGUCUCCUGCACGAAAACCUGAUACAGAGAAGGCAAAAGAGAUGCCACGACCCGGUCAGAGUCCCGUCUCCAUGGAGACAGAUGAGAAACAGGGGACAUCUGAGACAGAUAAAAGUGAAAGAUCUGAUGGGCCACCUCCCAAGUCAAAAGAGGAAUUACUACGAGAGCAGAGAGAGGAAGAGCAAAGGAAGAGGAAAGAGAAGUUGGAAGAAGAAGAGAGGAAGAGGAAAGAAAGGAUUGAAGAAGAGGAGAGAAAGAAGAAAGAAAGAAUAGAGGAAGCCCAACGGGAGAGAAAAGCACGGAUGGAGGAGGCACAGAGACUUGCAGAGGAAGCCCGGCAAGAACGCCUGGAAAGGAAGACCAUGACUGAGCCAAUGGCAUCUCCUGACUCCACAGAAGAAUCCAGAUGGAAGGAUAAGAGGAGGAGAAGGAGGGAGGAUAGUGAAUCACGGGUCUUCACUGCCUGCGAUGACAAUCAGGACUCUCAGGAGCCCAUGGAGCGCUCAGACAAAACUCCUGACAGGGGACCGCCUUCUCUAAAUCUUGGGGUGGAGCUCAAGCUGGACUGGAUGACACUGGAGGACUUUCAGAAACACUUGAAUGGAGAGGAUGAAAAUCUCUCUCCACUAGCCCUAACUCCCACUGAGCUGCGAGAAGCAGUGAAAAAUGGGAAUUACCUGGCGGUGAAGCGUGCACUUAGUUCUAAAGAGGACUACAAUCUGGACCAGGAGGACUCUAGUGGAAUGUCUUUAACGCUGCUGGCUGCUGCAGGAGGUCAGGAUGACAUCCUCAGGCUGCUUAUUAAGAAAGGAGUGAAGGUCAACGCCAGGCAGAAGAACGGCACCACUGCCCUGAUGCAUGCUGCAGACAAGAACUUUUUGACAACAGUAGCCGUUCUUCUGGAGGCCGGAGCUUCUGUAAAUGCCCAAACUCUGGGUGGAGAGACAGCUCUCAUGAAGGCUUGUAAGAGGGGCAAUGCAGAGGUUGUGCGCCUCCUGCUGGAAUAUGGGGCUGACUGCAACAUACUGUCUAAACACAAGAACACUGCCUUGUAUUAUGCCAAAGUUAGCAACAACUUGAUGGUGUAUGAUCUCAUCAAAGACCACAUGCAAACGUUAUCAACUGUGGCAGAGGAGACAAUCAGAGCUUACUUUGAAACACGACUGGCCCUGCUGGAACCUGUGUUUCCUCUGGCCUGCCACAGACUGUGUGAGGGACCAGACUUUUCACUAGAGUUCAACUACAAACCCCCUCAGCACACACCCGGAGAAGGAUCUGGCAUCCUGCUGUUUAUCUUCCAUGCAAACUUCCUUAAUGAGAUCACAGCUAGGCUAUGCGGGCCCUGUAGUGUCCAUGCUGUCGUCCUGAAUGACAAGUUUCAGCUGCCCAUCUUCUUGGACAGCCAUUUCAUCUACUCUUUCAGUCCUGUUCAAGGAGCCAACAAACUGUUCAUCCGUCUGGCAGAGUCCCCUACAGCUAAGGUUAAACUCCUCAUUUGUGCAUAUAGAGUCCAGCUACAAUGAUGCUACAAUGAUGAUGUCCUCCUUCCAAGUUGAAGGUUACUGCAGAAGCUCCACCUCUCCAAGAACUGAGACUUUUCCUACACGUGUAAACCAAUAGUAACAUGACACAUGCCGAGCAGAAGACAGUUUAAGUUUAGAAACGGUUUUGUUUUACUAUGCGAAAAGAUAAGACUGAGAGACUCUAGUAUUAACAAGUCUGUAACAACAAAUGCCAGUGUGACUUUAAAUACAUGCUUGGUUAAGCGUUGCAAGUGUUUUAAUGAGUUGCUGGAGGUUCUCUGAUUUUGUCCAACAUGUUUUGGAGUAAAACUGCAUCACUUGUGAGGUCAGCAUGAAAUGUGGCAAAUUGGGCCUGUACCUAAGGGUCAUUUGUAAAUAUUGUUUGUAAAGUGUUCCUUUUAUUUUAUUUUAUUUUUUUAUUUUAAAUAGAAUAAUUUAUCACUCCAGAUUCACAUACUGUUCUGUUUUAUGUUUUGUACAUUUAACCCGGGCAAACACUUGUCUGGUGUGCUUUUGUCUGUGUUGCUUGUGCAGAGUGAUAGAGUAAGUGUGAGACUUUGACUGAGUGAGUGAAUGAAAGAAUGAACAGUUCUUGCUCCCCACCUGUUGCUUUGUGCUUGUAGGACCAUGACAAGACUGGACCUAAGUGUGACUUUGAUUACCAGAUAGGUACGCUCUAAACAUGCAAUUUUCCAUAUUUUUUCAGAGAAUGUUAUUAUUUUUUUAGAAAGCAGAUAGUAAUGGAGUGAAUCCUAAAUUUGACAAAGUAAAGCCAUUACCAUAGUAGGAAUGUAUGAUUAUAUGGGUUCUGGACUGUUUUAAGGGCUAGUGUGUGUUUGUAUUGAGAGGUGGAGCCACACAGCUUGAAGCCAUCCAACUAGGGGCUGAUCUAUGGAGCAUGUUUCUUAAAUGCUGAUUUUGGAUGAGAAAGGAUCCUGACUUUUUAUCAUCCUUGUUGUACCAUUUGUAUUGUUGGUUCAUGUUGCAGGUUGUACAUCAGCUCAGUAUAGUUUCUUUUAGCAGAUUUCACAUUACAGAGAUCAGUUAUGGCAUAACCAUUCAAUAUCAUAACAUAAGCACAUAAGCUCAGGUCACAUUGAUCACACAGGUCACAUGAGUGUAGUUUUCAUAAACUACAUAAAAUCAUUUAUGACUGAACUAAGAGUGAGAUUUGGGCUCAUCAAGAGUGGGCUCAUCCUGUUCUCUCUGGAUAGACCAUGCUUUGAACCAUGGUGAAGAGUUAUUUUAUUCUUCUGUUUUUCAUGGCCUACCUCUCUUUGUCCCUUCAUUGUACUAUUAAUGAAUGAGAGAAUGAUUGCUCAUUGAUUCACGUCCUCUUUGGACUACAGUAAAUAAACUACAUAUAUUUCCUAACAAU